CUUCUCAUGACAAGCCAUCACUUUGAGGUGUUGACUUUUGCGUUUUCAUUCAUUGAAAAUACCAAAAACGAGCUUAAAUUUAUUGUUCUCAUGUACUCAAUAGUCCACCAUACCGUUAGUAAUGUCGAAAAUAUUUAAAUACCCAUGUGAGAAAAGUUACAUGAACGAUGACCAUAAGAAGUAUUUAUCCAGGAUAACUAAAACUCUCUAUUAUGGAAAAUUGCCGAAAACAGAUUGCCUCAGUUGGCCCGUAACAGAAUUUGCCGCCGAAAUAUUUUCUGAGGCCAAAAGAGGGAAAUCCUUGGAGCGAUUACAUUACUACAAAGCCGCUGAUAUAUCUAAGAAGGCUUGCGUGGCGCCUUGUUCCUUAGUUUUAGCUCUGUUGUACUUGGAAAGGUUGAAAACUUGCAAUCCUCAAUACCUCGAAAAAAUUUCCCCUUCAGAUUUGUUUCUUGUUUCGCUGAUGGUUUCUUGUAAGUUUCUGUUUGACGACGGAGAAGGCGAUGAAGUAUUUUUAGACGAAUGGGCUGUUUCAGGGGGUGUCAAUACCAAAGAUUUAGUUAAACUGGAAAAGGAAUUUCUUAAAGCUAUUAACUGGGAAAUUUUCAUAAGCGAUAAAACAUUUGAUGCCAAACUGAAAGAAUUGGAAUUUGCGCUGGCUCUGAAGCAGGGUAUGUCGAGAGGUAGUUUCACAUACACUGAAUUGGAUAUCCUGUCUUGCACAGUAGAGAUACAAAAUAUAAUUCAAUGCAUUGGUGCUAUUACGAUAAUUUUGGCUUUAACUUACAUAACAGGAUUCCUGACGUUGAUAAGCUCUGUGUUUUUAACAAGUCAAAUACCUGGAACCAGUCUAUACAUGAAAAAGAUUGAGCCUACCGAGAAUUCCAUUGUGCAAACGUCCUGGGAAAAGACUGAUGUAGAAGAUUUGAAAUUGGAUCAAUCGGAAACUGUCGUUAAAAUGCUGCAAACUACGUUCAUAUUAGCGUCUAUGAAUCCCAAUAAUAUGUCUCUUUAUGCAAACUCUGUAUCUUGGGAUUAUUGGAACAAUCCUCUUAUGGAAUGGUUAGCUAAAACUUCGCAACUGGUCUCAACAUUCACAACGGAAAUGCAGUACAAUUAUUUGCCUUACUACUUAGAAACCAGAUCACAUAAUAUGAAAUAUAUUGACUUGGAAGAUCAGAUACACAAAGCUACUAAAACAAGGAUUCAGGAUCAACUUGAACCAUCUUGGCAUAUGGAAUGGAUAGAGUCUAUAAAAUUGGGAGUAUAUACGAAAAAUAUUAAAUUGAGGUAGACCCGAAAAUCUAAAUUCUCCAGUCCAAAUCGUCUUAUAAUCAACUAAUUUUGUAUUACUAUAAAACCAUAGUAAAUUAAUUUCAAAUAGAAUUUUGUGAGAAAAAUUGUAUUAAUAACGAGCCAAAAAUUUUUGAUAUAUCAUUCUAAUGUAAAAAGCAUAGGAAAAUAGUGUUUAAAAAUAUUUACAACAGAACAGCAGUUUUUGUGUAAUUAUCGAAUGGAUGACAAUAAUUAUAGCAAUUUAUUGUUUUUAUAAACACACUAAAAAUGAAUAAAACGUUAUCACAAUUUAAGAAUUUUUGCAUCUAAAAUAUCUAAAUUAAACAACUCUGAAUCAAAAAUUAUAUUCAUACAAGUCCUAUUGAACUACUUAAUAACAUUUUCCUCAUCAAUAGUUUCUAUAUGGUAUAAUUUCUUAUCCUUCUCAGGUAUGUUACUGGGAGCUCCACUAAGGGGAUCUCUACCUUCGUGAUUCUUCGGAAAUGCUAUAACAUCUCUAAUACUAGUUGUACCAAGUAAAAUAGACAACAAUCUGUCUAAUCCUAAAGCUAUUCCUCCGUGAGGAGGACAUCCAGAUGCUAAAAAUUCAAUCAUGUGACUCAUAUACUUCGAGUUAAUAUUUAAUAAAUCCAGGAUUCUCUUUUGCAAAAGCGGGUCGUGGAUUCGAAUUGAUCCUCCUCCUACUUCGUUGCCAUUUAAAACUAAAUCGUAUGAUAGAGCUCGUAUCUAAAAAACUUUAAGGGGCUCCUUGUCUAGUAAAUGCACAUCAUCUGGAUGAGGGGCUGUGAAAGGAUGGUGGGGUGAUUGUAGAUUUCCAUUAUCAGAGAGUUCGAAUAAAGGAAAAUCGGUUACCCACAAGAAGUGCAAACCAUUUCGUCUGAUAUUCACACCCAUAUUUUCAAGAAUAUUUGCAUAUUCUAUUCUCAAUUUGCCCAACAUAGAUAACUAAAAAUUAAAUAAAUCGUAGAAACGUUUUGUUUACAGAUAAUGUUGAUUACUUACAGCAUGUUUUUUGCUACCAAAAGCGAGAAACAGCAAAGAAUUUGGUGAAAUAUCAUUUUUCUCUACGAAUUCGUUAGCUACAUUAACUCCCAAUAAUUUCUCAAACUUGCUCACGAAUUCUUCACGACUUUUAAUGGCACCUGUGACUAUUUUUGCAUUAUUGUUUUUUUCAGUUACACUUUGAAUAAGUUCUUUAGCUUUUUUGUUACUAAUUACAUAUUUCUCAGGAAUUAACAAAAAAUGGGCUGCAAAAUCGCUGCAAUUCGCCAAUUUUGAAUUUUUACCGAGAACUUUGGUGCAAUCCU